AAGGAGAACACGGCUUCUCUGCUAUACUGAGAGGGAUGAAUACUCUUCCCACUACUGAAGAGCAAAACCAGCAACACCACCAAAAUGAUUUCAACUUUGAUCACUUCAUGUUAGAGGAUUUCAGCUUUGAACCUGUUCCACAACCAAAGCAGCCUCUUCAAGAAACUAAGGAACCAAAGAAUAAACAAGUGCUGCCAUCUUCUCUAGCAUCAUUGGAGCUACUGAGCCAUUAUGGAAGCAGGUUCAAGAGGGUGGAGAAGCAAAACAUCAGCCAUAGUGUUGAAACUUGUGUGAGUACUCCUCAAAAGUUGUCAACCGAAGAAAUAAUAAGAUUGGCUGGAGCAAGGUAUAUCCAGCACUCUACACAAUGGCAUGAUGAUGUUUGCAUGCCCAUGCACCCUUAUGGAUUUGGCUUCGGGAUUUUAUCUGAGGAAGAAAAUAGGGACGUGGAACUUGCUCAGUUUCUUCUUGCAGCUGCUGAGAGGGUAGGGUGCCAACAAUUUGAACGUGCCAGUGUGUUACUCUUCCAUCUUCAGUGGAACCCUUCAGGCGGUGGUGGAAGCCCCGUUCAGAGAGUUGUUUUUCAUUUCGCUCAAGCACUUCUAGAAAGGAUCAAAAGAGAAACGGGAGGAGGAAAGGUGGCAGUGAACAAGUCCGAGAACAAUAACGAGGAAAGGGAAUUGAUUGGGAAUUUAAUAUCGGAUACCAAAAAGGCUGUUAUAUGCCAUCAAAAAAUUCCUUUCAAUCAAGUAAUGCAGUUUGCUGGGGUACAAGCUAUAGUGGAACAGGUUGCAUUUCAAACCAAAAUUCAUCUCAUAAACCUUGAUAUUGGAUGUGGGGUGGAAUGCACGACUUUGAUGCAAGCACUGGCUGAGAGGAAUGAAAGGCAAGUUGAGCUUCUUAAGAUAACUGCCAUUGGACUCAAAGGAAAGACCGAACUAGAAAAGACAGGGAAAAGGUUAGUGAAUUUUGCUGAAUCCUUAAACUUGCCCUUUUUAUAUAAGGUAGUUUAUGUUACAAACAUCAUAGAGAUUAAGGUAGAGCAAUUUGAUAUUGAAGAUAAUGAAGCCGUAGCUGUGUAUUGUCCAAUCAUACUGAGGACUAUGGUGUCGGAUUCUGAUUCCUUGGAACACUUGAUGCGGGUGAUCAGAAAAAUCAGACCAACUAUAAUGAUUGUUCUUGAGUUGGAAGCAAACCAUAACUCACCCUCCUUUGUGAAUCGCUUCAUUGAAGCGUUGUUCUUCUAUGCGGCGUUUUUUGACUGCAUUGAGACCUGCAUGAAGGAGGAUUAUGAGUGCAGAGUGACAAUAGAGGGGAUAUUAUCUGAAGGGAUACGAAGCAUUGUUGCUAUGGAAGAUGGAGAAAGGAAGGUUAGGAAUGUGAAGAUAGAUGUUUGGAGAAGGUUCUUUGCGAGGUAUAGAAUGGUGGAGACCACAUUUAGUGAGUCAUCUUUGUACCAAGCUAACUUGGUAGCCAAAAGGUUUGCGUGUGGGGAUUUUUGUACUGUGGGAAAAAACGGGAAGUGUCUAAUAGUUGGAUGGAAGGGGACCCCAAUUCAUUCAAUCUCAGCUUGGAAGUUUCUUUGAUGAGAAAAUUUAUUCAAUUGUAAUUUAUUUCCUUAAGAAUCUCUUUCUUGGCUUCUUUGAUCCAUGUA